AUGUGGGCAGAAUCCUUCCUCCAUGGCCAAUUUGUGACUGGAAUGAGGACAACACAGCAGUGUGAGUCUAUGAAAUUUUUUCUGAAGAGGUUUCUCAUAAAGAGAUAUAGUUUGCGCGAGUUUGUUACUGCAAUUGACAUUGGAGUUACUAAUUUGCGUCGUACAGAAAAUGAAAAUGACUACCUCAGCAAGCACACGAUCCCCCAAAUCCCACCUCGAUCAGAAGCACUGCGGACCUACUACGAGCAGUGUGCAAAAUUCUACACGAGAGCUAUGUAUGACAAAGUGGUAAAACAGAUCAAAAAGGAGAAUGGAUAUUUCAUUAGUAGCCACGAAGGCCACCUUAAUUGCACUAUAUUUGGGGUGGGCAACUUUCGAGACGGUCAAAAAAGAUAUAGGGUCACUCAUACCCUAGGAAUGGACCACUUUACAUGCAGUUGCUUAUUCUAUGAGACAAAUGGCUACCCAUGCAGACACAUAUGGGCUGUUAUGAAGUCUUGUUGUGUGAGAAUAAUUCCAAAUUCACUUCUUCUAAAGCAGUGGAGCAUUCAUGCAAAAUCCGAAGAUGAGAAUACAGAGGAAACUCAAGCAACAGAUGAACACACAGUGCAAUGUGAGAUGUCAAGAUUUGGCGUACUCAAUUUAGAUGCGACAAUGAUGAACUUUUAUGCCUCAAAAUCACCAAUCUACUUUAAAACUACAAAGAACGAAAUUUCUCGACUCACAAUAAUUUUCAAGGAAGGUUUCGAGAUCCACAGAGAUGCAAAUAACACCCAUAGAACAUGUACCUAUCGGGACAACCCAAACAUAAUACAAGACCCUAUUCGGGUGAGAACAAAGGGUCAAGGGAACACAGGACCACGCAGGGAUGCCAGACCAACUAUUCCAUCAGAUGGAAUAGGUUACAGACAAAGAGCAUGUGGAAAAUGCGGUGAGCUAGGCCAUAACAGCCGCACAUGCCCCAAUCGGGGUGCAAGAUUGGGGCGGGGAAGAGUGGAAAAUACCAGCAGACAAGGAGUAGUACGAUACAUAGAACCAAGGGAUGAAUUCAUGGAGCUUGACACUAAUGUCCAUUAUUCAACACAAGAAUCAUUUGGGAAUGAUUACAAUUACCACAUGUAG